AUGACGUCAGAAGCAAUAAGAAAAAUAAGAAAAACUUUGGUGGUUCGUUUUCUCACGAAGAAGUACCUCUCAGAAUAUUCCCACUACACUUCAUUCUGCUACGAGCGAAACAUUAGUGUAAAUGACAGGGUUCUUCCAGUACGAGUAACAGAUACUUCCGGAAAGGAAUCUUUUACGUCACUCAAAUCGAAGGGACUUCUUGAGGGUGCAGAUGGUUAUGUCAUCGUCUAUUCGAUUACUGACAAACGUAGCUUCGUAAAAGCGCGGGAACUUUUAAAACUUCUUAACGAAGAUUUUGGUGAAGAAGGGCAGCCACCAAUGGCUCUGAUUGGGAACAAAGACGACCUGGCCCACUACAGAGUGGUAUGCUCCAAGGAAAGCCAGAGAGUGACUCUUCUCUACCCAAGAUGUACAUUCUAUGAAUGUUCUGCUGCUCGGGAAACUCAAAAUGUGGAAUCAGCAUUUCAAGAGAUUUUGUACCAGGUCUUCACUAAUAAAGAACAGAGACGACGCUUAUCGACGCUUUCUGUACUUGCGCCUAGGAUUCAAAAUCCAAGAAGAAACAGCGCGGGAAACUCCACGUUGAGCAGCUGGUGGAGAAGGAAUCGACCUAAUACAGAACACAAAAUCCGACAAGACCGAACACUGACGAUGUAA